AUGAUUGGAAUCAAACGACAACAGAAUUUUUCGGAAUUUGAUGAUUUGCAAAUAAAACAAUCGCGAAUAAAACUUGAGAAAGAUGACUCAUCAAAAAUGUAUUUGGAAAAUUUAUCAAAUGAACUUUUCUAUGAAAUUUUUGAUUAUCUUAAUAGUUGUGAUAUAUAUAAAGCAUUUUCAAAUCUCAAUAUUCGUUUUCAAAAUCUUAUAUUUUAUUCACCAUUUUCACUUAAAAUAAAUUUUUGUACGCAAACAAAAUCAAUAAUUGCAGAUUAUUGUCGAUAUCUUAUCAUACCAAAUACACAUCGUAUUAUUUCAUUUAAUUUAAGAAGUGAAUCAGUUAUUGAUCAAUUUUUUAAAUAUUGUACAAUUGAUUCAUCAUUUAAUCGACUUGAAUCAAUUAUUCUUCAUGGUUUAACAGAUCGACAACUUCUAACAGUGCUCUUCUAUUUAAAUUCUCUACCUCGUCUUUUCUCAUUGACUAUCGAUAUGGAAGAUGAUUAUUAUUAUAAUCUUGGUGAUACAUAUCGAUUAAUUUUUUCAUUAUCGAAAUUAAAAUAUAAUAAAAUGUCAUUAUUUGGUUAUGAAGAAUUACUUAUUGAAAUGCCAAUUAUUCUCAAUGAAAGAUUUAGCACAAUUGAAUAUUUAAUUAUUGAUUACAGUUGUACAUUAGAUCAACUUGAUACUUUACUUCGUCAUACACCGCGACUUUGCCAUCUAAGAUGUGAGCGACUUGUUGAACCCGAUGAUAAUAUUAAACAAUACCAUUCAAUAACAAUGUCGCAUUUGAUAUACAUUUCUAUUGGUGAAUGUCAAAUUGAAUUCGAUGACUUUGAAAGAUUUUUUAAAGAAAUAUCAUUUCAAUUAGAAGUAUUGUAUAUAUCUAUAUCUUGGAAUAUAAGUUAUCUUGAUGCUAAUCGAUGGGAACACAUAAUUCAAAAGUAUAUGCCUCAUUUAAAAAAUUUUCAUUUUACUUAUGAUCAAUAUAUUGGUGAUAUUUUGAAUACAAAUCCAAAUCAUGAAUUCAUUAAUGGAUUUAUUUCAUCAUUUUGGCUUGAACGAAAAUGGUUCUGUGAAUUAAAAAUUGAUCGUGGAGAAAUGGUUUUCUUAAUUGAACCACACAAAAAAGAAUGGUCUAAGUUCUAUGAAUUUACUGCAGAUGCUACAUAUUCUAAACACAAAUAUAUACAAAAUAAUAAUAUUAUUACUCAAAAAAAGACUAACAAUUGUUCCAUUCAAAUGACUAUCGAAGAUUAUAUGUUGACCGAACAAUAUCGAUCAAACAUCAAUAAAUUGAAACCUACUUUUAGUGCUAUUCGAUUUACUCAUUUAAAUAUUAAUAAUAAUAACAUAUCUAUUAGUAUGUUGAUAGAAAUUUUACGUUUAUUACCUAAUCUUGAAUCAUUGAAACUAUCAUCUUUGUCAAUAAUUCAAUCAACAACUUUAUCUGUUGAAGAUACAAAACAAUACGUUUUAGUAUCAGUCAUGAACCAAAUUACUAAAGUUAAACUCAAUAAAGUUACUGAAAAAAUACAAAUACAAUUUCUUAUUAAUCUUUGUCCACGUAUGCAAUAUCUCGAAGUAGAUUGUAUGUCAUAUACAGACCUAGAAAUGUUCAUGACAUUUAUUUUGAUAAAUCAAAUUACACAUAUUCCUGAUCUUUAUUGUUUAUGUUUGAAUGUUCCAAAUGCAAACGAUCAUAUGAUUAAAACUAUAGCACUGACAAUUGAACUAGAGACAAUUAUUGAUAAUUAUAAAAUUCAACGUAUAGGCAACAAAUUUUUCUUCCAUUGGAAAUUAAUGCAAUAG